GUUAUGAGAGUUUGACCGCUGCAGCGCUGGACCCCUGAAGCCAGACGAAAUGACAUCACAGACCAGCAGUCCCAGACCCUGCAGAGUUUAACCCAGGAUGGAGCUGAAGGUGUGGGUUGAUGGAGUCCAGCGUGUGGUCUGUGGGGUCACAGAGGCCACCACCUGCCAGGAAGUGGUCAUCGCUCUGGCUCAAGCCAUUGGUCGCACAGGACGCUACACACUGAUCGAGAAAUGGAGGGACACAGAGCGACACCUUGUUCCUCAUGAGAGUCCAGUAGCCUCGUUGAACACUUGGGGUCAGUAUGCUGGUGAUGUGCAGUUUAUCCUGCACCGCACAGGCCCCUCUCUCAACGAGUACCCUACAACUGAACGUCAGACUCCUUUGGGACCCGAGCGUGGCCUGCACCGGCAGAGCCUUCCCCUGAUGGCCAAACUCCGAGCUCCAGGCGACCGUUCCCUGCGCCGACGGGAGCCACGCCGUAAAUCUCUGACCUUCACCGGUGUGCCCCGGAGCCUGAGGGACAUCCUUAGUGGAGGCAGGCUCAGUGACAGUAGCGCCAGACAAAGAGAGGUUUUAGUAAAAAGUGCCCACAAUUCACCAGCAGUGUCCCCGCGGUUAUCAGGCAACCGCAUAGAAGAUCUUACCCAACUGGUAAGGCUGCAAAGGGAGACCCUUUCGGUCCUAGACGGCAGGAUGGAGGCGUACGAGGCAGAUCUUCGGAUGUUGACUGAAAAAAGAGUUGGACUGGAGGAUAAUGAAAUGUUUGUGAAAUUAACUGAAGAGGUUUCACGGUUGGAAAAGCAAGUGCGACGGAACAAGGUGGAGAUUGAGGAAGAGGAGUUCUGGGCGACUGAGCUCCAAAUUGAACUGGAGAGUGAAAGGCAACUGCAGGAGCGGAUCCAGGAGUUGAGCGGUCGGCUGCGCGGUUGUGAGGUUGAUCUGGAGCAGCGGCUGAUGUCUCUGCAGGGUGUGGAGGCUGGGAUAGAGACUCAAAGGCAACAUAAGGAGAUCAGAGAGACCCAGCAGGCUAGUGAAGGGGAAGUGAAGGCUAGACUUCAGAGAGCGAAGGCAGAACUCAAGGUUCAGGCUCAACACUCAGCCCAGAUUGACAACAGCUCAAGAGCUGUGGACCGCUCGCUGACCGAGUCAUGCAGGAGACUGCAGGAGAGUCAGUAUGAACUGGAGCAGCUGACUAAAGAGUUGAGGCAGGUAAAUCUACAGCAGUUCAUCCAACAAACUGGCACCAAAGUCACGGUUCUGCCUGUUGAGCCCAGUGACGAGGAAUCCAGUAACACAACAGGUGAUAAAGACUUUGCUGCAUUAACCGGCUCAUUGAAACGACCAAGUUCAUCUCAUCCAGUGGUUGGCAGUAUCCGUGGACUCCAGAGUCCAAUCUCUGCUGGUCUGAACCCUGAGGGUAUAUAUGUUUGAGGACCACAAAUAACUUCAAUAGAACAUUUCAAAAUCUCUCCAUAUGUUUUUGGAUGAAUUUAUUAUUAUUUUUAUUAUUAUUAUUAUUAUUAUAUACUACUUUAAAGCCGAUAAGAUCUUCAGUGGUUUCAUGAACACAACCGUUAAGUCCAUGAUAAGACUUGACCUUGAUCACAAAGAGCUGCGUACAAUUUAAAUGACAAAAAGUAUGCUGAUUUUCACAUGUAUAGUAUUAUUGUCUACUUUUAGCUUUACUCGUUACAUAAAAACUCAUUAAUGAAGGAUGAAUUGGAACCAUACAUUUAUUUUUAUAUUCUUAUUUUAGCCUCUGAAAUGGUUUAUAUUAAUUUUCACAUGCUGCGUUUACCAUUAGCAGAGAUCAAACCUGUGAUAUUUCCAUUUUUCUUUAAUACUGUGGUUUGUUUUUUUAGUCCGUAUGAUCGUUUUACUAUGCUGAGCCAAAGACAAUCACCUAUUUUAGUUGCAAUAUUUUACCGCAUGACUGCUAUUGCUGUUAUUGUUGUAGUAUGCAUAUAAUGUUACUGCUUUGAACAAAUACACAAGUAUUAUUGCUUGAAAAUGUGUUUUUUUUUUAACUCCUAAAAGGAUAGUUCACGAUAAAAUGUAAUUCUCAACCACCCACUUGCAUAAACAGUGGAACACAAAA